AUUGAUGGCCUUUCCUCCCAAUCCGAGAAUCAAGUCAAGAAGCCAAACAACACUGCGAUUUCUUCGAGAAUGUAACUGUCGAAUCCUCUUUCGUCGAUAGCAUCGAGUUCAGGUGGGGCUGUGUUUUGAUCUAUUUAUAUACUAUUUGGGGUCGCGAAAUGAGGUUAUGAUAUAUGAUCAUCUCUGUUCGCAACAAUCGCUAUUCCAUGCUGAAUGUUCGAAAUCAUACCAUACUCUAUAACAGAGGGUUGGCAUGAUGCCUCCCGGUACGGGCAUGUUUCAUGAAGGCUUGCUUCCAGUUAUGACCGUAAUUCCGGAGGCUACAAAGAGGAGACUGGAACACCAAUACCGUCCGACGCAAACCCUAGACCCUCAAAAUGGCUCGAAUAAUACCAGCAAUCAUAUCCCUUCUCCGAUAGGUCCAUCAAAUGGCGACUCUCGAGGAUUACCCACCCGUCAGGUGACUGAUGAGACGCUCGAUGAUGCAUAUGUGAGCUUUAUCAUGUAUUGCAAUCCGUCAAUACCAUUGGACACGGAUACGACCGAGCUCAGAAAGAUAUUCCGAGCACCACCAAAGAGCGAUGGGAAGAAUUUCAACACUUUCGUACUCUUCGAGCUUAUACGGAAAUUGGAGUUGAAAGAGAUUAAAACAUGGGCACAAUUGGCUCUCGAUUUGGGUGUAGAGCCUCCAGCUUUCGAGAAAAACCAAAGUGCUCAGAAAGUUCAGCAAUAUGCAGUCAGACUCAAGCGAUGGAUGCACGCUAUGCAUGUCGACGCCUUUUUUGAGUAUCUUUUAAAUAAGCCUCAUGUAUACUGGACUCAAAUUCCCUCUAUGAACGACCCUUCUUCUGAAUUUGGUCGCGAUGGCGUUGCUGCUGAAGAAGAUUUGGCUCUUCGUGCAUUGUUACCAGAAACACGACCCAAGCGCGGCAGGAGGAAAGCUGAGGACAGAGACGAAAGCGAGACAGGCAAAUCGCCUUCUCAGAGGCCUCGUCUUGAUUCUCCAACUCUUUCCGAGGACUUUAUAAUGGCAAGGACAUCGUUAAUUGCCGAUAACACAACACCAGCUACAGCUCAUCCAGACUUCCAGCAGAGCUUUGGAGAUAGGAUGAUGCCUUGGUCUGCAGAUACUAGGGGCGCAAUGGCUCCAGCUUUUCGUUGGCCUCCGUCGUCUGAUACGUUACAGACUCCAUUAUCAGCAUAUCCCCAAUCAGCUAUAACGCCUUCGAAUCGAGGUCAUAUGUGGAACGACGAGCCUCGUUCUGCAAUCACACCUCAAAAAGGUCGUCGGCGGCGACAUGGACCGGCGGUUUCAUCAGCCUGGCCCAGUAGUGGGAAUGCAUCCUCUAGCAAACUCAGAGGACGACCGCCAAGUAAUAGAUCAGUGACUGAUGGACCAUUUUCGACAUUUCCAGUCAAUCCGAGUUUGAAAGAAGGACCGACAAUAAACCUCAGAGACAGCAGCACAGUAGCUACGCCGAUAGUAUCAGAUGCCGACACCAAUCACUUUUUUCCACCGAACGUACCAGCAGCUCCUCCAAAUCCGCCACUCCAGACUGGGAGGCCAAGUGGUCUACAGUUACAGGUACCACAGCGUCAAGGUGGUACGGUCAGGCUUGCAACUCCUCCUCCACCUGUUGUCCUAGUCAACGGCCAGGGAGAUACAGAAAUGCAGCAAAAUCCCGCCGCGGACGUACAAACAUUCGUUCCCCUAAUGGAAUACUUCGCCAACCCAGCAGCUCAUGAUCCAGGAUUUGAGAACUUUGUCAGCAUAGCAUUCCGACAAAAUGAAGAUCCGGAUCGUACGAACAUGGAUGCUUUAGAAAGUCAUUUUAUAUGCGAGAUCUUAGCCGCCGAUUGGUACGAUGCCACAGGAGCUAGUAUCGAGAAAUGUAGCAUCGAUGAGGCAGACAAAAUCUGCAAAGAAGUUAUCAAAAAUCUGCAGGCAGAAUCUAGCAGUACAGCAGCAUUUCUCAUCAACUUGUCCGCUUUAGCAGGAGGACCGUUGAUGACGAGACUACGAAUGACGAGGCUGGAGCAGGGUUCGGUUAGUCACUAUGAAUGUCAUUGGAAAAUGAGGUUUGGGUCUAUUGAGGCAGACUUCAAAAUUGCUGCGACGGUGCAUCAUGGUCCGGAUUCGGGACCUUUGGAACAUGGACCCGAGCAGAGCGAGGAGUCGUGGAAGAAGAGAUACUUGGAUCUGCAGCAGAGGAUUAGAGAAAGGGACCAGACAGUGGGAAAGCUGAAGAGAGGUGUAUUGGAUGCACUAGUUGUGUCGAAUCAGUUUUCAAGUAUAUAGUGUAUGAAUUGUACGAGAUAUGAACAAAGCUGGGGCAUAAAGUAUUGGCCAG